AGGUGGGGUCGGGCGGGCGGGGAGGGCUCGCUGGCUAAUUGGGCAGUAAUUCGUUUCCUCCGCGUGCCCGCCGUCCCUGCGCUGCCAGGCGGUGCGGAGCCGGGGACCCUGGGUGUGUGGGGCGCGGCCGGGCCGCCACCGCGCUGCUGGCAGCCCCAUGGCGAGGGGGUGAGAUCCUGUGCUCGUUCCCGGGGGCAGAUUGAAGCCGGGAAGCUGUUCCCAUGGCGUGUGGGGAAUGCAACGCUUCAGCACCUGCUCAGGAUCCAGCACGCAGGAACAUCAUCCACUUCCAGCACAGAGAACUGAAGUGCAGAUAGCAGAACCCAACUGCAGGGUGGUGAAUCAUGAUUCCAGUCACUGAAUUGCGAUACUUUGCUGACACUCAGCCAGCGUACCGCAUCCUGAAGCCAUGGUGGGACGUCUUCACGGACUACAUUUCCAUAGUGAUGCUGAUGAUCGCAGUGUUUGGCGGGACUCUUCAGGUCACCCAGGACAAAAUGAUUUGUUUGCCCUGUAAAUGGAUUACCAAAGACUCCUGCAAUGACACUGUCAGAGGUUGGACAGCUGUAACCCCGGAGCGUAUCUACUAUAACUCUAGUCUUGUUUCCUCUGCUGACACAGGACCUACAGGGAUCCAGUAUGAUUUGGACCGGCACCAGUAUAACUAUGUGGAUGCGGUGUGUUAUGAGAACCGCCUUCACUGGUUUGCCAAGUAUUUUCCUUAUCUGGUGCUGCUACAUACUCUUAUCUUUCUGGCUUGUAGCAACUUUUGGUUCAAAUUUCCAAGGACCAGCUCCAAGCUGGAGCAUUUUGUGUCUAUUUUGCUUAAGUGUUUUGACUCUCCAUGGACAACGAGGGCAUUAUCUGAGACAGUGGUGGAAGAGAGCGAUACCAAGCCAGCAUUUGGGAAAAUGAAUGGCUCCAUGGACAAGAAAUCCUCCACAGUCAGUGAGGAUGUGGAAGCCACUGUUCCCAUGCUGCAGAGAACAAAGUCUCGAAUUGAGCAAGGAAUUGUGGACCGAUCUGAGACGGGUGUCUUGGACAAGAAGGAAGGUGAACAGGCCAAAGCACUCUUUGAAAAAGUGAAAAAGUUCCGUACGCACGUGGAAGAGGGAGAUAUAGUGUAUCGCCUCUACAUGAGACAGACCAUCAUCAAAGUGAUCAAGUUCAUUCUCAUCAUCUGCUAUACUGUUUAUUAUGUCAAUAACAUAACAUUUGAUGUUGACUGUAAAGUGGACAUUGAGAGCUUGACUGGCUACAGGAUGUAUCGCUGUGCUCAUCCUUUGGCCACUCUCUUCAAAAUCUUGGCAUCUUUCUACAUCAGCUUGGUGGUAGUCUAUGGCUUGAUCUGCAUGUACACGCUCUGGUGGAUGCUGAGGCGAUCACUCAAGAAAUAUUCCUUUGAGUCUAUCCGUGAGGAGAGUAGUUACAGUGACAUUCCUGAUGUGAAAAAUGACUUUGCUUUUAUGCUCCAUCUGAUCGAUCAGUAUGACCCCCUGUAUUCUAAGCGCUUUGCUGUCUUUCUGUCGGAGGUGAGUGAGAACAAGCUGCGGCAGCUGAACCUCAACAAUGAGUGGACUUUGGAGAAGCUGCGGCAGAGGAUCACCAAGAACUCUCAGGAUAAGCUGGAGCUGCAUCUGUUCAUGUUGAGUGGCAUUCCUGACACGGUCUUUGACCUCAUAGAGCUGGAGGUCUUGAAGCUGGAGCUUAUCCCCGAUGUCACCAUUCCCCCAAGCAUCGCUCAGCUCACCAGCCUUAAGGAACUAUGGCUUUACCACACCGCUGCCAAAAUUGAGGCUCCAGCCCUGGCCUUCUUGAGGGAGAAUUUGAAAUCUCUCCACAUCAAGUUCACAGACAUCAAGGAGAUUCCUCUUUGGAUUUACAGCCUGAAGACACUAGAAGAGCUUCAUCUGACAGGGAAUCUGAGUGCCGAAAACAACCGGUACAUUGUAAUAGAUGGUUUGAGGGAGCUGAAGAGGCUGAAGGUGUUGAGGUUGAAGAGUAACCUCACCAAGCUGCCACAGGUGGUGACGGAUGUUGGUGUGCAUCUUCAGAAGCUUUCCAUCAACAAUGAGGGCACCAAGCUCAUUGUUCUCAACAGCCUUAAGAAAAUGGUCAACCUGACAGAGCUGGAGCUGAUCCGUUGUGACUUGGAACGCAUUCCUCACUCCAUCUUUAGCCUCCACAAUCUGCAGGAGAUAGACCUGAAGGACAAUAACCUCAAGACCAUUGAGGAAAUCAUCAGCUUCCAGCACUUACAUCGUCUCACUUGCCUUAAAUUGUGGUACAACCACAUUGCCUACAUCCCCAUGCAAAUAGGCAACCUCACCAAUUUAGAGCGCCUUUACCUGAACCGUAACAAGAUAGAGAAGAUCCCUACCCAGCUCUUCUAUUGCCGAAAACUUCGCUAUUUGGAUCUCAGCCACAACAACUUGACUUCCAUACCACCAGACAUAGGACUUCUUCAAAACCUGCAGAACUUAGCUGUGACAGCCAACAGGAUCGAGAAUCUCCCGCCAGAGCUGUUCCAGUGCAGGAAGCUGAGAACCUUGAACCUGGGAAACAAUGUGCUGCAGUCACUCCCAUCCCGGGUUGGAGAGCUGACAAAUCUGUCACAGAUAGAGCUGCGAGGGAACCGCUUGGAGUGCCUGCCGGUGGAGCUGGGAGAGUGUCCUCUGCUGAAACGCAGUGGGCUGGUGGUGGAGGAGGACUUGUUCAACACGCUGCCCUUGGAAGUCAAAGAGCGGCUGUGGAGGGCAGACAAAGAGCAAGCCUGAGCCCCUGGAAGAAGGGGAGGAACCUCUGACCAACAAGAAGGAAACACAAGGCCAUUCCAGUCCCCUUUUUCCCAGAUCCUCCCCUUCCUCCUCUCCAAUCACUAUCAAACUAGCCAAGGAGUCCCUGAACAAUCAUGACUCUGAGGCUGCUUCUUGCCUCAGGUGCGGGAUGUGGAAAGCUAGGGAUCAGGAUGAGGAUGAAGACAGGUUAGAUGGCUCCUGAGCAAGGGCCAGUGGGAGUAAGAGAUGUUGCUGCUGUUUUGGACGGAAGCAGAGCGAGGUGGGUGGUGCUGGUGAAAAGAGAUGACCUCCUUUGAAUGGAGGAGAAAAGGAAACGGAGGGGAUUGCUGCCUUGCUUCAAAUGGGGAUUAUAAUGUCAGGGAAUGAGUGUCCUGCAAGCAAUGUUCAAGAGUCUAGGAAACUUCCUGAACCUCUGUGUCUGUGACACCUGGUACUAUUCCCCUCCAACUCAGUGAUUCAGUAAGUGACGCCCCACAGAGUGGAAGGGAUAGGAUACAGAGUUGAUUUUUUUUAUUUUUUACCUAGAUGCUGGCACUAGGAUUUUUGGGGUAAAUUCAUCUCAGACAUCAGUUUGGAUGCAGGAUCUUGUUUUGUUACUAAUUGUCUUCACCCCUUGUACUUGACACCCUGUCUUCUUCCCAUGGGGAAGGAGUUCUCCCCCCAGAACCCCAUCUGUGCAUUGGAGAUUGCACUUUUUAACAGUUCUGAGUCACUUGUGCUGAUGAGUUAAUCACAUAGUAUCCUUUUCUCCAACUGAUGCAUUGGAGGCCCUAGCCAAAAUAAUUCCAGACCUUUAGCCUGUUCUGAAAUAUAUGAUUAGAAUACAAGUGAUCUGGGUAACACAAAAUAUCUGGAUUAAAAGCAGUUAGUCUGUCUCACUGUUCUCCUGGAAGCAGAGUUGCUUUAUGAUCUUGGCUUUUAAAGUUUUCAAGCUAUUUUUAAGUUCCUGAUACUCUGUCACAUAAAUGCAAAUGUAACACCAGUGUGUGGAGGUCUCCCCUGAGGUUGGUAGUGUUUAUAGUAAAGAGGAAUAACUCAGUUUUCCUCUGCCCCUGCCCAUUAAACUGUCAGAUUUGUUGCCAACUUUUUUUAGAAACACAAACUACAGACCUGCUUGGUUGUUUUUUGUUGUCUUUCCCACUUCAGCAGCUGUCAGUUCCUGUUAACCUCUUGUGUUAAGUAAGAGGCUAAUGCCGGUUGAACUUGGUGCUGGAAAAGUAACCUGUCCCAUUCUUCCCUGUUUCAUUCCCCCACUGUUAAGGAGCAGUAUGAGAAUCCUCUGAGGACUGAUCUCUAGAUCACUUGAACAGAGCAAUCUUUAUUGAAACAAGUCUGACCUGUUUGGUGUUGUUUGACAAAACCCUGCUCUGGGUAGAUAACCUGUGAUAGCUGCUGCUAAUCAUGACUUGAGGUGGGGCGGUUAAGGUGUGCCUCCAAUACACCCUAAGUCUGCCCUUCUCCAUCAGAUGGAAUAGGAGGCUCAUGGACUGCAGGUCCUGGUUGCAAUACUCCUCAUCAAGCCAACGGGUCGUCUCCAAGGUGGAGUGCUGCAAGCAGGCAUGAAAUGUUUGGAGGCUUCCUGUGUGUACAAAGGGAGGAAGCUGCAGCCAUCUCUGAAGCGGUUCCCUGCACGCUGCCAGUGAGAGUGCUGGCUUGGCAAACCCUAAUGAUCCCUUGGAUGUUGUGCAAUAGGGCGCUAUGGCUUUCCUCAUGAGAUGUAAGAUAUGAAAUAUACACACUAAACACGCUGAAACCAUGAACAAUGUUAACUGGGCUCUGGAUUUGUUGAUGUUCAGAUGCUUAAAUAAAGCUGUAUUAAAAUCUAGGAAAUCUGUUUAUAAAACUGCUUUUAAGGAAGAUGUAAAUUCUGCCUCCCUUAGUUUGCUGUUAAACAGCCCAGAGGAAUAAUGUAAUUCUCUUUAUCUGGAAGGCAAGACACUGUUUCUAACAGGGUUAGCGUUCAAAUUGCGUUAGAGUUGGGGCCACUGCAGAAUUGAUGAGAAACAAUAUUAUCCCAAAAUGCACUGCAUCAGAGCAAGCACUGGUGCUCAGGAGUGUUGGUGCUGAUGCUUUCUGGUUUGGACUCAUGCACACAAGCAUUUGGAGUUGAUGUGAGAGAAAUUGCUAACUGCUGCUUGGGUAAGGCAGGAAUGGCUUUAGGCCUAGCUAAAGCAGUGUUGUUUACCAGGCAGUUUCUCAUGGUGUCUGUAGGGGCUGUUUGGAUGGUGAAGGAAACCUUGUUUUCUUCCUUACUCUGUGCCAAAAGAUUGUGCUGGAGAGUAAUGGCAAUAGAAUUGAGAGGCUUGAGUUCUGUGUUGUAUUCAAGGCCACUGGGUAAUCUGUUUACAACAUGUGCAUUUUAGGUUAGACAGGGCUGAAAGGCAAUGUACCUUGUAGGAUUUUAACCUAGCUUACAGGAACAGCUUUCUCCUGUGUGUCUAGGUUGUUGUAGAUGAAUGCUUUAACUCUUGAUUCUAGGUAUGGUGUCAGUUAUACAAACUAAGCUUUGUGCAACUAGGCCAGAAGUUGCUAUAAGCAGCUCCUGCUUAUAUGCUGUAGUGCUUCUAGAAGCUUGCACAUCUCCUGAGCUCUGCUGUGUAUCUCAGUGCCGAAUCCAUAGGAGAAGUGGACAGUAGGCUAUUCUGCUAGAAGCGAGCCUCUAACUUAUCAAAUGACAGCUGUACUUCUGCUGCUUGCUGAGUAGAAACUCCCCUAUGCCUGAGGUCUACAGAGCAAUUUUAAGACAGGCCAGUACUGAUUGUGCAUGGAAACACUAGCUUUUUGCUCCUCUUUCAAUAUUCAAAGCUCAGUUUUUCAGUCGUGGUUGUUAGGGCUUGAGAUAUCUCAAUGCUGCCACUCAGAAAGCUAAGUAGUCUGAUAGCUUCUUGUACCAGAAACGCAGGUGGCACAAAAAUACAUUGCCAUUCUGGAAGACAGCAAUAUUUACCUGCUCCUGAUGUGUGCUCCUUGGUCUUCCGUGAAAGAGAUACUGAUUUCAUAGUAUCAGAUUCAUAUGAUGAAAUGGGGGAAGCUUUAAAACUUAAAGGAUAGGGUCUGAAACGCGAGGUCCUGAACAUGUUUACAGCUCAGACCUCCUGUGAAACUCAACCCACAGCAGAGUGAUUCACUCCACUUCCCAUACCUGCCUGGAUUGCUCAGUCUGAGGGGUGAGCUUACAUCAGCAAUCCUUCCUCAUCUGCAAGUGUUCAGUCAGUAUAUAUUACAAUUUUUCCUUCAAUCUCUGUCCAACUGAAGCUUUGCUCUUUCUGACAUAGAUCUGUAUGUUCAGGAAAAAAAAGCUCACCUUAAGCAGACAAUCAGCAGGUCAGUGUCUUGUUUUCCUGACCUGUCUUUUCAAAGCACUCAGUAGCAAAACAGAUUUGUUCGCUGCUAAAUCAUAAGAACAACUUGAAUUCAAACCGUUUCCUUAAUAGCACUGCUGAGCUGAGUGAGUUCUUGGAGCCCCUGUUGAUCACGAGCAUGCUCAUCCCAUGCUCGGACCAGAGGUUAGGAAAACAGAAUUCUACCUUUCACUCUGACUACCCCCAAAAAGUAGUAAGUUACAAUGGAUUAUUUGAAGCACCUGUAAGGUGAGGGGUACCUAACCUAUUAAAUGUGCUACAACUUGCUGUAUCUCUGAAACUAUGCACUGAAAUCUUAGAUGAAGUUUGUCUUUCAGAUUGUUUUCUGACAUUAUUUUUUGGUCCCUAGUUAACUCAGCAGUGGGAAUGAAUUCACUCCAUCAGUCUGAAUGGUGAAACGUAAGCCCAAUACAACCUGUUACAGGUAUCUGUCGUGACGUGCUGUUCUUUGGUAUUAAUUGUCACUUCUUGAAUGUCCUACCUCAUUUUUUAUUUCUCUUAUUACCAUUUCUACACUCCGCUUAGCUCACUUCGUUUUAAUUAAAGCAAAUGCUUGGUGUCAUUACCAUAAAUAGUAUUAAGUGGCUUUCUGCUGCUGAACCACACUGCGGUCCUCUUCUUGUUCUAACACGAUUCUAGGAAUUUCAGAACAAUGACACAUCCUUUGCAGGAGAUGAUAUGUAUGGGGAAAAACUGUUAUUGAUUUAACAGCUGUGGCAUUGUUUCCCUUCCUUACCUUUUCUCCACUUUGGAAAGAGACUCUCAUGAUUUGAAUUCUGGAUGACUUUUUUUUUUUUUUUUCAGUCCUUCAGGGGAGGAGUAGUUUUUCAUUGAUAGCUGUACCUUCUCUAGAGGUACACUAAGGCAAAUCCUCCACUGGGGCAUUGUUCCUUCUAGUGCAUGUGCAGUUGUCUUUGCCUGAAGCCAGCUGUUCCCUGACUCUUUUCCUUUUGCUUGUGGAGAGUAUGGAGCGAUUUCUGAAAUGCUGGUGUGACUUUUCUCACUGAAGACCAAUGUUGUCGUACCAUAAGCCGUGGCGUCAUCUGCUCUGAAAUGUUACCCAGGGUAAGGCUGUGUGAAUGCUCAAUGGGAAAACUCUCCUUUAGAUUUCGUUUGGAUUUUUUUUUUUCCUGUCAUUGCGUUUAAAAAUGAUUUCUUUUUUUUACUGUUGUUUGGCCACGCAGUGGAUUCUGUAGUCUUAAUGAGAAUGUGCCAAAACAUUUUCCUGUCCUACCUGCAUCGUAACAGUGCACGAAGCAGAACUGGACAAGGGUGUUGUGGGGCUUCAACCUUUUUCUUUCCAUCCCUCCAGCUGCAGUGUUGGAGUAAUGUUAAACUGUGUUGGUAGCAUGAAAUCCUCCAGAAAUCUCAUCUGAAAUCCCUUUUCAAAUGUAACCGCGCUUGAAUUGCUGGACCCCAGAAACUAAGGUGAACUCUGAAUUCACUCAAAGGCUUAAUUUGGAAUGUCUGGAAAUACCCUCCCGUUCUUUCCUAUCUCUCCUUUAAAGGAAGUUCAUUGGACAAUGGGGAGAAUUUUUCCAGACUAAACUUAAUGAGAAGGGGGCUCAUGGGUCUGAGUCAUCUACAGCUGACAGAUGCAUCCAUUUAAGUAGGACACUACUCACAGCUUAAACAUGGCUCGCUCCCAUUCUGUAGAUGUACUCGCAGGGUUGUGGUUUGGCAUCCAGGACCUGCCACUUGGUGUAACAAUUCCGAAUGGUGACGUUCGCUUUGUACGUGGGUUUGCUUGGGCAGCUGAUCAACAGCACCUCCACCAUAAGCACUGAAGGCUGCUAUUGUUUUCUCUGAAAGACGUGUAAGACUGGACACUUUAACAGAAUAAAAGUUUAAGUUUUUAAUUUGCA